UCAAUCAAAUACCACAAGGCAAGGCCCCCAUACGUCUCUCCCUCCUCCACUAAGCACUAGCAAUGAUGGCCCUCCGUCAGGGCCCCCUCCCACAUGGGAUGGCCAGUUGGCCACCCCAACUCUGCCAAUUGCCCUAUAAAACCGCCUGGACCGACCGGAGUCCCACAGCGCAGCUGUGACCGGAGGAGGAAGAAGAAGAAUCAGCGGCAGCGAUCGACACAGGAGGGGGAGCGAAAAAAGUGGCCUUUUUUGCAGCCGCCGGCGACAGGACUCUAGCGCUUCUCAGCUCAAGCAUCUGACAGGGGAUCGGAGGAUGGGGGGACGACGCAGUAGAGGAGGAGGCGCGUCGGGCCUGCUAGUGUGGGCGGUGGCGAUUGCGGCGGCGGCGGCGGCGGCGGUGUCGCGGGCGCAGCUGCAGGUGGGGUUCUACGACACGCUGUGCCCGGCGGCGGAGAUCAUCGUGCAGGAGGAGGUCAGCAAGGCGGCGUCCGGCAACCCCGGCGUCGCCGCGGGCCUCCUCCGCCUCCACUUCCACGACUGCUUCGUCAGGGGGUGCGACGGGUCGGUCCUGCUGGACUCGACGGCGGGCAACCAGGCGGAGAAGGACGCGGCGCCGAACGCGAGCCUGCGCGGGUUCGAGGUGAUCGACAGCGCCAAGACGCGGCUGGAGCAGGCCUGCUUCGGCGUCGUCUCCUGCGCCGACAUCCUCGCCUUCGCCGCCCGCGACGCCCUCGCGCUGGUCGGGGGCAACGCGUACCAGGUGCCGGCUGGUCGGAGGGACGGCAACGUCUCGUCGGCGCAGGAGGCGGGCGCGAACCUGCCGCCGCCGACGGCGAGCGUGAGCCGGCUGAACCAGGUGUUCGGCGCCAAGGGGCUGACCCAGGCGGACAUGGUGGCGCUGUCGGGCGCGCACACGGUGGGCGCCGCGCGCUGCAGCUCCUUCAACGGCCGGCUCUACUCGUACGGUCCCAGCGGCGCCGGGCAGGACCCGUCCAUGGACCCCGCGUACCUGGCGGCGCUCACGCAGCAGUGCCCGCAGGUGCAGGGGAGCGACCCGGCGGUGCCCAUGGACCCCGUCACGCCCACCACCUUCGACACCAACUACUACGCCAACCUGGUCGCCAAGCGCGGCCUGCUCGCCUCCGACCAGGCGCUGCUCGCCGACCCGACCACCGCCGCGCAGGUGGUCGGAUACACCAACAGCCCCGCCACGUUCCAGACCGACUUCGUCGCCGCCAUGCUCAAGAUGGGCAACAUCGAGGUGCUCACCGGCACCGCCGGCACCAUCCGGACCAACUGCAGGGUGGCUAGCUAGUAGACUCACAUGCAUGUGUGUUGGCGGGCGGCGGUGUGAUUAAAAUCAUACGGUGACGAACUGUACGUACGGCGUAGAGUGGUGUGAUGUGGUCCGAUGAUGAAAAUUGUACGUGUCCAUCGAUCGAGAGCUGUAGUUGUGUACGUAGUACAGUACGUGCUAGUUACGUAUACGCAUCAGUUGCUUAUAGCUUGUGCGUCUUUUUUUUUUUUGUGUUAUAUACACUUUUUUGUCCUUUUGGUUUUAUACGUGUUUAUGGAUCAGUGAUAUAGCUUUAUUUAUUCUUUUAGCUUA